GGCACGUGGGUAAUCGUACAACAUCCGUACUGCCGCCAUUGGUGAUGGUCGAGGGAGCGAGGAUGUGUAGAGGCAAGCUGUUCCCAGUCUCACAGCCUGUUAUUAUGAAAUCGGGAUGGAUGAUAUUAGCGAAGCGGAAGCAUGCGCCUACUCCCUCCGCGCGAGAUCACUCGACGUCUCUGUCUCGGUUCGUGUUCUCGAUCGCCGCAUGGGUAGACGUGACCUCGGUUGCAAUAGCUCCGCUUGACAGCUGGGAGGGUGUGCGGAUAGGUUUGCGUGUCGCGCGUACUGUAAUGAUUAACCUGCAUGUUGCAGCCGCCGGUGGAAUACGUGGUACAGACGACAGGAUGUACGAACAGAUCCGUGUCUGGCAUGCGGAGAUGAACACAAAGCACUGGUCGCCUUUGGUGAGAAGUACAAGCGUGCUCAACUGCGAUGCGACGACACUGCACUCAGCCACCUAUUGUUUGCAUUCGCAUCCCGGACCAGCCAAUGAUGAAGACGUCCUGCCUGGACAUUAGUGGGCAACAGAGCGUGAAGGAGUGCUGAACGGGUCCGGGAAAUCCAUGAAAGGAGGGCUCAUGGUCGUGUCGGCUAGGCUGCUGACUGUCGCUUGAAAUACGUGUAUGUCAUUGAUGAUGAGGCCUAGGUUGAGACACCCGGUGUAAGCCAGAUAUAUACACAGCAGGGUGAGCGCUAUACUGCAGAGCG